AUGGCGGACAAUAUCCAUGCACCUAUGGAUCAGCUUCAGGACCUUGAGUACUGCAUAGACUCAAAUCCUCCGUGGGUGGAAACUAUCUUAUUAGGAUUUCAAAAUUACAUACUGGUGCUGGGGACAAGUGUGAUGAUACCUUCAUUGCUCGUUCCAGCCAUAGGAGGAAGUGAUGGUGACAAAGCAAGAGUGAUACAGACUUUACUCUUUGUAGCCGGCAUUAACACACUUCUCCAAUCACUUUUCGGAACCAGAUUGCCUGCAGUUGUUGGAGGAUCUUAUGCCUAUUUAAUUCCAGUCGGUUAUAUUAUCAGUGACUCUUCAUUGCAUCGAAUUAAUGAUAAUCAUGAAAGAUUUAUACAGUCAAUGCGAGCUAUACAAGGAGCUUUAAUUGUAGCCUCAAGUAUUCAGAUAAUCUUGGGAUAUAGCCAAGUUUGGGGACUACUUUCAAGAUUUUUCAGCCCUCUUAACAUGGCACCUGUAGUUGGAUUGCUUGGAUUAGGACUCUUUCAACGAGGAUUUCCUGCGUUGGGAAACUGUAUAGAAAUUGGCCUGCCAAUGCUCUUGUUAGUGAUUGGAUUAUCACAAUAUUUUAAGCAUGUGAGACCAUUUAGAGAUACCCCUAUAUUUGAAAGAUUUCCAGUGUUGAUUUGCAUUGCCAUUAUUUGGAUCUAUGCUAUUAUAUUGACUGCAAGUGGAGCUUAUCGGCAUAAACUUGCUAGAACACAGCAUUUUUGUCGUACAGACAGAGCAAACCUGAUAUCUACAGCCCCAUGGUUCAUGUUCCCCUACCCACUCCAGUGGGGCCCACCGACCUUUUCUGCUGGUCAUGCAUUUGCUACAAUGUCUGCAGUUAUUGUCUCAAUGGUUGAGUCAACUGCUGGAUAUAAGGCAGCAUCCCGGUUGGCAAUUGCAACUCCACCUCCUGCUUAUGUUCUGAGUCGAGGCAUUGGCUGGCAGGGCAUUGGUGUCUUGCUCGGUGGUCUUUAUGGAACAGGGACAGGUUCUACCGUUUCAGUAGAAAAUGUGGGCCUUCUUGGACUAACCCGAGUUGGAAGUCGAAGGGUUGUUCAGAUUUCUGCUGGUUUCAUGAUAUUCUUCUCCAUGUUAGGGAAGUUUGGGGCUGUCUUUGCAUCUAUUCCGUUCCCAAUAUUCACUGCACUGUACUGCAUUCUCUUCGGUCUCGUAGCUUCAGUUGGAAUAUCAUUUCUUCAGUUCACAAACAUGAACUCCAUGAGAAACCUAAUCAUCACUGGGCUAUCAUUGUUCCUUGGAAUUUCUAUUCCUCAAUUUUUCAAUGAUUACUGGAGUCCUCCACAUCAUGGCCUUGUUCAUACCAAUGCUGGAUGGCUCAAUGCACUCAUAAACACCAUAUUCUCAUCGCCGGCCGUAGUGGCUUUGAUUGUGGCAGUGUUCCUUGACAACACGCUCGAGGUUGAAAAGUCAAAGAAAGAUAGAGGGAUGACAUGGUGGGCAAAGUUCAGAAAGUUUAAAGGAGAUAGCAGAAAUGAAGAAUUCUAUACUUUGCCAUUCAAUCUCAACAGGUUCUUCCCACCUACUUGAUAUUCAUGAGAAUGAGAAGCACAGAUACAUAAAUCUUUAAGUCAUGGCAAAUAUGAUGAGUAAUAUUCUUUCUUCACAAUCAUCCUUUGAUUUUUUUAACUUGGUCCCAGUUAGGAUUAUAAAGCAUUUGGAUUCAUGCUCUGUAGAUUCAAUAAAGAGAAUAUUUAUGUUUCUAGCUUUAGUACCUUCUCAAAAACUCUCAAGACUAUUUCUAAUUUGUAGUUACAUUCUUUUAUGGAAUUUUCUUCAAAUGUAUCAAUCCAUGAAUGUAAAGAAUCCUAAUUUCUUAUA